CUGACUCACUAGUCAGCUGAUGAAAGGGAGCCUGUCUGCUUCAAUGGGUGGAGCGAUCGCUUGCACAUUGAGUAAACAUCCACAGUGCAGUGAUUAAAGGAUGGGAAUGGAGAACCAGACGAUCAUCACUGAAGUCAUUCUACAGGGUUUCUCCACAGACCUGAAGAUAAACAUUGCUUUGUUUUUGUUAUUUUUGACCAUCUACCUAAUAACCAUCAUCGGGAAUUUUCUUAUAAUAUGCACCGUUCUCAUGAACGCUCGUCUUCACCUCCCUAUGUACUUCUUCCUUUGCAAUUUAUCCUUCAUAGACUUUUGCUAUUCGUCAACCGCUGUGCCGAGAUUGUUGUCUGACCUCUUCACUCUCCAUAGAACCAUUUCCAACCGGGCCUGUGGAAUCCAACUAUACAUUAUACUCUUCAUGGGUGGAACGGAGUGUCAGCUUCUUGUCCUAAUGGCUUAUGACCGGUUUGUUGCCAUCUGCUGGCCCCUUCACUAUCCGGUAAUGAUGCGGUGGAGCGUUUGUUACAGACUCACCGCCUUUGUAUGGAUUUUCAGCUUCAUGAUUUACAUCUUCCCUUCCCUAGUGAUGCCAAUAUCCUUAUGCAACCGUAACCAAAUUAACCACUUCAUGUGUGAACUUGUGGCUGUUAUAAAACUCUCAUGUGGGGACAUCUACUUGAAUGAACUUGUGAUAUUUUGCAUUAGUUUUAUCUCCCUUUUGCUUCCGUUCUUGUUUAUUUUAAUUUCCUACAUUUGUAUUAUCUCCUCUGUAUUAAAGGUUCGCACUGCCGGGAAGUAUAAAGCCUUCUCCACCUGCACCUCCCAUAUCAUUGUGGUGGUUUUGUACUUUGGGACUGGAAUGAUCACUUACUUUGGCCCCUCGUCCCUAUACGCAUCCAACCAGGAGAAGUAUAUCUCUGUAUUUUACGUUGCUGUCUGCCCGAUGUUAAAUCCGCUAAUUUACAGUCUGAAUAACAGAGAAGUAAGAAAAUCAUUUAGGACUUUAUUUACAAAGCACAUUGUCUCAUCCUCGAUAAUGAACUAA